GCGGUAUAAAUAAAUAAAUUAUUUUAAAGAAUGUGUGCUAAUGGGAUCGACAAACCGUCCUUACAAGAUAUAGCAACGAUCUGCUUGGACAAAUUUAAAUCACUGCCAAAGACCGGCAAACCCACUUUGAACCAGUGGACAGUUUUAGCCGGGAUUGUAGAGUAUAACCGAAAAACUGAUAGCCUUAAAGUGGUGGCUAUCGGCUGCGGAACAAAGUGCAUUGGUUCCUCCAAAUUAUGUCCCAACGGCUACCUUCUGAACGAUUCCCAUGCCGAGGUUCUAGCGCGUCGAGCUUUCCUGCGAUAUCUGUACCGAGAGCUGAAGCAGGAGGGGAUUUUUCAGUGGGACAGCAAGCAAAAGCGCUACAAGAUCGAUGAUCACUUGGAAUUUCACUUUCUGAGCACUCAGACGCCCUGUGGCGAUGCCUGCAUACUGGCUGAGAGUGAUGGAGAAAAGCCGGCCAAGCGUAAGAGACUGGAUGAAGAAGCAUCCGAGAUGGUUUAUACUGGCGCCAAGCUGAUACGCGACCCCGAAUCGGAUGUAGCGUCCGAUGACAUGCAGCAGACGCCAGGAGCGCUGCGAACCAAACCAGGACGUGGAGAACGCACUUUAUCCAUGUCGUGCAGUGAUAAACUUGCGCGCUGGAAUGUGCUUGGAGCGCAGGGCGCUUUGAUAGACUCGCUGAUCACCAAGCCUAUCUACUUCAGGAGCCUUAACUUCUGUUGCUCCGAUGCCCAUAGGGAACCCUUGGAGCGGGCCAUCUUCAGGCGUUUCGAAGACAAGUCGUUCCAGCAUACCAGAUUUCAGCCCCAAAAGCCACAAAUACGCAUUGACAAUAGUUGUGAACUAUCAUUUGAGCACGCUCAGCGUCUAGAUUUGCAGCCUUCCCCCAAUGGCUUGGCUUGGUCGCUUCUGCCAGAAGAACUAAGACCCUAUGAUAUUUCUGUUAACGGAACGCGACAAGGGGUAACCAAGAAGAAGAUGAACACAUCCCAAGCUGCCUCGGCAGUUAGCAAAUACAGCCUAUUUAAAUCCUAUCAGGAUCUGCUUUGUUCCAAUCCAAAAGUCAGCGACAUCCGAUCACAAAACGUGUUAGCUUUAGAGCACAUAUCGUAUUUAGCCAGUAAAAAUUUGGCUGUUGAGUAUCAAUUGGCGUGGGAACAAUUAAAAAGUUGUUAUUUCCUUCAAUGGACAAAUAAACCCAAGGAUUUGCUGAACUUUACUAUUAGAAAUGUUUAGUGGAAAAGGAAAUAUGCUUUUUAAAUCCCUCAAGUAAUGAUUAAAGCUUAGGAACUGUUGGAUCAAAUUACAAUUGCAAGCGUUAACCGAAGCUACCUUCCUUUCUUGUUAGUUUUAAUAUUAUAUACAUUUGUCAGUGUUGAUUUUAUAUUUCUUUUAUAAAACUGAAUAGGGAAAGACUUAGUGUCACGUUCGCAAGGGAACGUUUCAAUCAAUAAUACGACUAAAAAAAUAUAUGAAACAGUUGUAAUGUAUGAGAAUUAUAGUUUAUGAAUAACUCUUUAUAUUUUCUCAUUUCAAACUCAUUUUUUUAUUUAAAACAAAAAAGAGAAAAAAGGGGAGAAAGUUUUUAAACCUUUACCCUUUUGAUAACAAAGUAGAGCAAAUGCCCAUCCUAGGUAAUAAAGUUCCGUUGGAAACCGAAGGUAAUGAUUCUUAAUGAGAAGCGCUCAUACUACAGGUAAGGAUGGUAUAAAAGCAUUAAAAAGCAUCUAUAUGGAUGCCUUUAGCGUUAAGCCCACCCUAUAUAAAUAUGUAA